UACAUAUAUAGUGAAUAUAUAUCAUAAUUAAGCAUAUAUUGCUAAUAUCAAACAAAAAUGACCAUGUCACGUUUGAUCCUCAAAAAACUCACUCAAACUCAUAUGAUGUCACCUCUUCCAUGCUCUUCUCAGCUCAUUUACCGUUUCUCCUCGGCCACCGAUCACCAUGAAAAGCCAGACACAAAAGAGGUUACGAUUUCUGAUUCGUUAAAGAAGUCCGAACUCUCUUCUCCAAGAAAGCGAAAUCGGAAUAGAUCACUUUGGUGGAAAAACAACUAUGAAAAUUUCCCAUUUCAUCCUCUAUCAGGAAUUGGGAAUGCGGUCGUGGAAGCGGCGGCAAACAUGAAUAGACUAGUCGAAAAACUAUCUCCAACUCAUUUGAUACGAAAAUUCAAAGAGAAAGACGAAAUGUAUAGCAUAAAGUAUCAAAUGCCAGGGUUGACAAAAGAUGAUGUAAAAAUUACGGUUGAAGAUGGCGUAUUAUGCAUUAGAGGACAACAUCGUGAAGAGGAAGAAGGAAAAGGUUCAGACGACGAUGAGUUUUGGUCCGUGGCGAGCUAUGGCUACUACAACACUAGUUUGAUGCUACCGGAAGAUGCGAAAGUGGAGGAUAUCAAGGCCGAGAUGAAAGAUGGAAUGUUGCAUGUUGUGAUACCGAAAGAUAAGACCAAGAAGAAGCAUAUCAAGGAGGUUCAUGUUGACUAGCUAGCUAAUAUCUUAAUUAGAUUAUACGUUGAUAUGAUGUUGAGUGUUAUUAUAAUGAAGGGAUCGGUAUGUUGUCCAAAGUAAGUAUCAAAU